AUGCUUUUCCAAUCUCUCUUCCUCGCUGCUGCCUUCGUGCCCUCCGUUUUCAGCUGCCCUGGACACAACAACUUUCGCCGAUCGACACUCCAGGGUCGCCAGGCGGAUCCCACCGAUGGCACGAACAGCACGAAGAAUGACUGGGCCUAUGAGGCAUCGUUCAAUUGGGGUCAAUUCAACUACAAUGGGUCGACUGCCGGAAACUUUUACAACUGGGGUUUCGGACCCGCCUUCACUGUCGCCCAUGACGGCGACUACACGAAGCACCCAAGCGUCACCUACGACAAUAAGACCGUCUACCUCAAGGGCUGGCACAUCCAUGCGCCAGCUGAUCACAGCGUCAACGGCGCCCGCAGCAAGGCCGAGCUGCAUCUCGUGCACGUCGACGCCUCUGGCCACGAAGCCGCCGUCAUGGCCAUCCGCAUCGACCCCGGAAACUCCGACAACCAGUUCAUCGGCCAGUUGCCCGAGAUGAUUGGGGUCAACAGCGGCGACGAGACCGAGGCGGUUAGUCUAGACCUGACCAGCGCGCUCCAGAGCGUGCAGUUUUUCAAUGAGUUCUGGACCUACCAGGGAAGCUUGACCAGCCCGCCGUGCACGGAGGGGAUUCGCUGGUUCGUGGCGAGGCAGGCGCUAUACACGAGCGUCGAGCAGAUGCAGGCUAUCCUCGGUGCGAGCACGUACUCUGCGCGUGCAGAGCAGGGGGUUUGGCAGCACCGCAUCAACGAGUAG